UCUGUUUUAUUGCUUUUCGCGUAAUUUUGCCGUAUUUUUGAGCGACGCGUUGAUAAUUCAUUCAUUUUUGUAAAUUUACUGCACUAAAAACAUCUUAGGAGCUUAUGACUUUCAUUCGAAACAAAGCAGCAUCUCAAUAAUUUGUGUAAAAAAGAAAAAUUAUUCUCUAAACGCGCAUAUCAUUUCUAUAGCAGCCUACAGCAAUGGUGGAUCUCGAGGCGGUAGCUGCACCAGCAGAAUCUUCAGCAAUGGAUGACGGCACUGGACUAUGUCGCCUAUGUUUGCGUCAUGACAAAUCAAUUGUGAAUAUCUUUGAGGAGGAGCCUCCACAGUCAGCAGAAAAAUCGCCACCAACCGUUGGAGCAGAGAAAAGAAUGCCAAUGGUGGAACGGCUGUAUGAUUUGUUAGGUGUUAAGUUUCAGCAAUCAACGUUGUUGCCUAGUAACAUCUGCCAGCGCUGUUUUGCAAUGGUUGAGGCGUUUUCCGCUUUUCGCGAAAAUGUGCAAAGAAUUGAGACUGAGUUGCAGAGUUGGGUGGAACGCCAAAAUAGAAGAACGGCAGAUUGCGUGGAUCAACGUCCGGGUCUUAAUGGCAACCCAGGCACAUUUGAGCCUGAAGAUAAUUGCAUAAUAACUGAAGUGGACCCCAAUCAAGAUUACGAAAGUUCAGAGGAUGAUUUUUCUAUGGAAUCGGAUUCUGAGGGCGAAGAGCAUUCGGCNCCGGCAACAGUUCCAAUGACCACAGAGGAACAGCAAAACACCGACAACUCUAUGCCUGCGCCCGAAGCACCAACUGCUUUUCCCAACAUGCUUGGUAGCGACUCAUUUAUUGCCGGAGAAAUUGUGAUUAAAAACACCUUCCUUUGCCAGUAUUGUGAUAUGGCAUUUACAACGCAACCAGAAUGCCAAGAGCAUGAAUCACAACACGACAGUGCCGCACCUUAUGUCUGCAGCUUUUGUUCACAACGCACAUCAAGUCGUCAGAAUUUAAUAUACCAUAUCAAGGAACUACAUGAUCCUGAGCGGCCAUAUGUAUGUGCAUUCUGCAAAAAGGGCUUCUGCCGGCGUUCGGAUUUGAAAAAACACACCAUUGUACACACUGGUGUGCGCCCGUUCUCAUGUCCUGUUUGCGCAAAAAACUUUUCUCGUAAUACCAAUUUAACAAAACACAUACGAAUUCAUAGCAGCGUAAAACCACACGUUUGUACGCGUUGCCCACGAUCCGUUUCAAGCGCGACAGAUCUGAUGCGACACAUUCGUACACAUACAAACUCAAAGCCAUUCCAAUGUAGUCUUUGUCCAAGUACUUUCGCACGCAAAGAUAAACUGCAUUUGCAUGAACAGACGCACUACCGGCGUGACUCCGAAUUACUGCUUAAUCAAAGUAACGGUGCAACGCUAAGUGGUGGUGUUAAAAGUGACGAGGUUGGUGGUGUUGUUGGACAACCAGAAAAUAUAGUGGUCUCUCUUAAUCCCUAUGGUGAAGCUGAGUCUACACAGCCCCAUGCUAGCAUGCCCUCGCCACAGGAUCAAUAUCGCCAGCAUAGCAUCUUAGCCGCACAACUGCAGCAACGUCCGCUAAUGCCGAAACCACCACCACAUAAACCAUCACAUCCACGCAUGUUCACUUGCACCAUUUGUCAGAAAACGUUUACACGUGAACGCGACUUACAACGACAUCAGGCAUUGCAUUUGGACACACUAUUCACAUGCAAACAAUGCGGUACUGGUUUCAAUAGACGUGAGAAGCUGGCACGCCAUGAAUUGGAAUUCCAUGCACCACAAUAUCCAUGUGAAGUGUGCCGCAUACAAUUCAUAAAACGCGACGAAUUCGAAAAACACAUGAAAAUGCACGAACUGCAGCAAAAUGCCGUCAUGGCUACACAAGCCGCCAUAAGCGCAGCAUCGGGCAUAGCGAGUGCACUACCCCUAAACAUUUUGGGCCUAGCUGGUGGCGCCAACACUGCGGGCCCUAUAAAUUUAGUUACGACUCCGGCUGGCGUUGGUCCACCACCUCCACCAGCGCCAGCACCAACAGACCUGUCAGCCGCACAACAUCGUCCAUCAGCUGCCGAUAUGUCAUUCUACAGCCAACUGGUACCUACUAUGAAUUUGGGAUUCUACAGUGAGACACGGCCCGAAGAUCGCAAUGGUAUAUAGAGGGGGAAUAGAGGGUUGGCGCCGACAUGCAUCGCAUUUAAUCAUAAGUUCGUAGACAGUAUGUUAAGCUGUUUAUUUACUACAUUUACGUUUGUAGUUAGUCGUAAUCAACUGAUUGUGUGGAUUUGGGUUUUCAAAAAUCAACAAUUAUCAAAUUAUGU